AUGGCGCAGCGCGCGCGAGUCCACACCGGCGACCAUGCCCGGGGCGGCCCACCCCCCAUACACGCUCCAGUCCCGUACGUAGACGGUGGCAUGUCUCCGCAAGCGUCUCCCUUCAUCUACGGCCACCCGGCGACCACCGACGGCAAAGGCGGCUACCCGCCAUCGCUCGCACACCAUCAGCGGGCUGGCGCACAGGGCUAUGUCGACGGCAGUGGCAUCCAGUCUGGACAGCAUCUGCCGACGCAUGGCGAUCUACUGCCCUCUGAAACGUCGCACAACGGCAUCGGAGGCGACGGCCGGGGUGACUAUCUACACAAUGGCCAGCACCAGAUGGAGCCUAGGUCCAAUGGAGGGUACCCUACGUCGCACCAGGGCCUCGGUCCAUAUCCGCAGGCGGGUGGCAUGUCGUCGCAGGCGUUGCAGUACGGACAAGCUGGACACGCGCCGCUGCACUCGCCUGCGGAUCUGCACCCGCCCAUUCAGCAUUUCGGCAAUCACUAUGGUCAGCAGGGCCAUCAGCACCAUCAUCAUCAUCAGCAGCAGCAGCAGCAGAUGCAGCAAAUGCAGCACUUUCAACAACAGCAGCAACGGUCACCGCAGCACGCGCAGCCGCAACAGCGUGCCGUGUCGUCAUUCUCCGACGCCCCCGCGAUGCAACAGGCGGCCUUUCCGUCGGCGCACGGCAGCAUCGCCUCGCAGGUUCCGCACCCGCCGCCGUCGACGCUGGACGCGGCAAGGUACGCCAAGCCAGCCUAUGAUCGGAGCUACAGCAGCGAGCAGGCCGUCUCGCAGUUUCAGGCCGGCAGCAGGAGGCCUAUCGAAGACGACGGCGGGGCCCAACAGCCCAAGGGCAAGCGCCCGCGGCGUGCGGCAGACUCGACGUCGGAGCAGGCGGACGGCGCCAAUGGCACCAAAGAGGGCGAGUCGCCAGACCACGGCGGCAGCGGAAAGUCGGACAGCGGCAACGGCAGCGGCAACGUGACCAUGUUCCAGUGUCGCGGCUUUGGCGACUGCAAGAUGGUCUUUACGCGCAGCGAGCACCUCGCUCGUCAUGUCAGGAAGCACACGGGAGAACGUCCGUUCCGAUGCCACUGCGGCAAGGCCUUCUCGCGCCUCGAUAACCUCCGACAGCACGCGCAGACCGUCCAUGCCGACACGCCGGACCGGAACGAGACCAUGAUGCAAGAGCUGACCGCGCUGCACACGUCGCUGGCGCAGUCGGCGGCCCAGAUGCAGCACGCCAAGGCGCAGGUGCUGGGCAAGAGCAGCUCGCCUGGCGCCCUGAUCGCCACCCACAAUCAGAGCGGCAGAAAGGCGAAGAACAGCGCCAAGUCCGCUCCGAGCGCCCGCGCCGCCGGCAAGGGCGCGGGCCGGGACGGCGAUCGGUCAGAGGAACCGUCCAGCGGAGGUCCCGCCCACGCGGAUGGCACUGCGGUCCCGUCUGACCCGAAGCAGCUGGCGCCAGGCGGGAUACCGUAUCCGGCGGGCUACGGCAACGCCGCAAUGCAAUUCGGUGGCGGCAUCGUCCCAAACAGCGGCCUCGGGCCCGGCAUGGCCGCCUAUCCAUCUCCCGGUUUCGAGACCCCGCAUGCAGCCUCGCUGCCGGCCGACUCGCCCUCGUUCGUGGAGCAAUCGCACUCGCACUAUGCUGCGCUCCAGCCACGCCGCUCCGACUCCGUCGACGGUCAGCGCUACAGUGGCGGCGGGAGCUACUUUGAGUACUCGGGCGCCGCGGGUACGACGGCCGCGGCUUUCCCGAGCCAGCUGGCUGCGGCGCCCACCGGCGCAAUGUCGAGCCUCGGCCAUGGCCAGCUCUCGGCUCCCCCAACAUCGAACGUCAACGUCGCCGGCGACAACUUCGCGACGCAGCCGGGCUACUAUGGCUACGACCAGCUGGCGGGCGACGGUGACCGCCAUCGGGCCGGCAGCGCGCCCGACCCUUCUGUCGCUUCGAUCGAUCACGACCCCAAUUCGGCCUCGGCCUUUGCGCGGCGUUCGCAGCUCGACCAGCCAGACGACUCCGGGACCCACAUGCUCGAUGGCACGAAUCGGCCCGGCGGCUAUCUUCCGCAGGCUGGCCCCGAUGCGGUUGGGGUCGACCAUCGCCAAAAUGCAGACUCAGACGUCCAGUAUGCCAGGGGCAACCUCUACGGCGCCGGCGCGCUUGCCGGGCCGCAGGCCGCUUCGCUCUAUCAGGACCAGCAGCCGGGCUACGGCGAGGGCGUGCAUCCAGCGGCGCUGAAGCAGGAGGAAGGGUCGCUGUUCGGGACGGCCGGGCUCGACGGCUUGGGCGGCGGCGUCGACGUCAGCAACGGUUUCCAGGGAGGCAGGAGCUGGCGACGCAGAUCCCGGACCGAAGAGCCAGGCUUGGAUGCGUCGGCGCUCGAGGCCAGGAUGCUGGGAGCAGGCCAGUACGGCCAGGACCUCGGCUAUGGCCUGGAGUCGAGGGAUCCGGCGGCGCUCACGCCGUCCUUCACCAACCCAUUCUGGAGGCGCAGCAGCAGCGGGCUGGACGCCUUUGGCGGCGACGACUCGACACCCUUCGGCGGCCCGUUCUACGCAUCUACGUCCGACGGCCACCACCACCUCCGCCGCCACGAGCUGCCAAAGUCCAGCUUCGAGAGCACGCUGUCAGCCCACCUGCACAUGCGGACGCCCACGCUCUCCAAGCGCACCUCGACGUCGCUGCGUCCCGUCAGUCCGAGCCAGGGACCUCCGUCGAGGCAAGGCCCGCGUGGCUCGACGGAUGUGGGAUCCUUCCCGGCGCUUCCUCCGUCGGGCAGCUCCCACGGCAUCCGGCCCAUCAGCUCGCAUGGCAACCGACCCAUCACGCCCCACGACCGGCCCGUCCUGCCUCCGCUCUCUUCCCUGACGCCGUCGGCCAGCCGGCCGGGCACUGCGGCCGGAGGCAUCUCUGGGCUGCUGCCACCGCCGAGCCGAUCCGGCUCGCUGGCUGUCGCUCCUCCGUCGCAGCUUCCCAGCAUCGAUCAGCACCUCUUGAAUGCCUCUGCCAACCUUUCGGACGGCGAAGGCCGGCCAAGCGAUUUCCGACGCCCUUCCAGCAGCCCAGCCACCGGCCCAGGUGGGCUCGGGAGGCCGGGGACUGCCUCUUCGUCGCUCGCCAAGCCGCAGCUUGCCCUCUCUUCGCUCCGAGCGGGCUCGCGCACGAGUUAUGGUCUCGAAGGCGGGCCCAUCGGACCCGAUGCGCCACCGUCGGGUCCGCCGGCGCGACUCGGCUCGUCUGCCGGCUUGGCCGAGUUCAACAUAUCCGGCGAGCGGCGGCCGACGACGUCGGGCGCCUCGCUCGGGCCAAAACUGCGGCCGCUGUCGCGCGGCGGGCCGUCCGCUGCAGCGCUGCCGCCCCUGUCGACCACGCUAGCCGGUCUUGAGAGUCGCAGAGGAUCGGCGAUUCCGCGAGAAGGGGGUGCCCGCCCAAGCUCUGGCCGCCCUUCGCCCGAGCUGCAAAUGACGCUGUCACGUGUCAGCACCAGCAGACCAAAGUCGGCCGGGGGUCCUGGCCUGACGGGCCUCUCGGGCCGACUCAACACGGUGGGCUCGGACCUGCGGACCAGCCCGCCGAGCAACGCCUCGCCCUUUAUGUUUCAGCCGCCGCCGCUUCCGAAGGAGAGCGGCCCUCUUCAGCCUGGCCCGCUGGGCAGGCGGGGGAGCGAGCGCCCCGGCAGUGUCGCCGGUCUGGCGAGGAGACGCCCCGGCUCGAGCUCCCACGAUGUGCUCACGCGCCUCGGCUCCAGCGGCGGGGCAGCCGAAGCCUUUGGCGGCGGUCUGCGGCCGCUAUCGCGAGGCGGUGCCCUGCGGGACGGCGAAGGUACCGGCGUGGCUUCGUCGGGCGAAGCCAUGCUGCCCCGGCUGAAGAGCACGCUGACCGGUGCGCCGACCGGGCCAUCGGCUGGGCGCGGGGGCAUCAUGCAGCGGGCCGACGGCGACGCGCGAAGGCCGAGCCUGAUGGAUGCGCUGGAACGCCGAACCCCGUCUUGGUCGCGGCCAGUCACUGGCGGCGCCGAAGCGUCUGGGCGGCGGUCCGAAAGCCUUGGCACGCGGUUUAACCAUGACCGGGAAGAGGAGCAGAGGAUGGGCAUCGAAAGGUGGCGGAGGGCCCAAAAUGCCAGCGCGUACGAGUACGGCGAGGAGGAUCGCCGCCUGACUUCGGCCGACGACCACGACCUCGACAUCGGCGACUCUGGACUGCAGGGCCCCGCCGCCUCGCUGCGAGCCGGCCUGGCUCGCCGUCCGUCGACAUCGGCCGGCGGUGGCGUCACGCGCUUUGACGGCGGGACGUUUGCUGCGCCGCGCAGGCCGAGCCACUCGGGCCGCAGCUCGUCGUUUGGCAAUCAGCCCCUCCUCCAGCGCCGGCCGGCGGAGCAGGGCCACCACCACGACGACGACGACGACAACGACGACGACAACCGCGGCAACGGCAGUUGA